CUGCUCUGUGGGUGGAAACCCCUUAAGAGAGGACAUAGAGAAUGGCCAGACUUGUUCAAGCUGACAGGAAGGUGACAGUAACUCAAAUAGCCAUGCGAGCAACAGUGAUGUGCAGAAGAGCAGCUCUGAGCGCACAAAAUGUCAAACCUUGAAGUGGAUGGACUCCAGCAGCAGAAGACCACGGCCAUAUACUCAGAGGUCAAUUUAUUAAGUACUGAAGUUUUCACCAUACGUUAUUGUGGAAGAGUGAACAGUAAACAGUUAAUCUUACUGGGACCGCCUCAUUGUCUGGUUUAUGCUUGGUGUUUAGUUCAGAGUUCUUUUACGCCUGUGCGAGAACACUACAGUAAAAAGGCGGCAUUACCAGGUGUUUCAAGUGCUACGAUGGCUUCACGAUCCAGCAUCAAGUCAUUGCCAUCCAGUGCCAGGGACAGUAGGGCAUCAACAAGUAAGGCUGCCCAUGCAAGAGCUAAAGCAAAAGCCGCCAAGGUACGAGCGUUGUACGCCAAACAAGAAGCAAAAUUGAAAAUGGAAAAGGCUGCCAGAGAAAAAGAAGCAGCUGCCAGAGAAAAGGAAGCGGCUGUCAGAGAAGCUGAAAACCAGUUGGAAAAGGUAAGGAUAGAGUCAGAGUUAGAAGUGCUGAUGCUACACCGAGAAGCCGAAGCUGCCAGGGUGGAAGCAGAGAUAAUAGAAAGUGCUGAAGAAAUGCAUGUUCUGGAUGACGUAAAAUCUACUUCAGUAAGGACGAGAUUGGAACGCACAAGCGACUAUGUCUGAUCUCAAAUGGACUUGAAGAUUUGUUCUUCCUCUCCAUACUUAUAUGCUAACAUCCCACCCCAUGAGGAGUCUCAGAGAGGCCCAAUUGCAUCACAUCCAUCUGAGGAAGACAAUUUACCCUUGCAACUCCGUGACGAAUUCAAGAAUGAAAGGGCUGAUGACAAAUACUUCUCGACACCCAACUUACCAGAUUUGGUGAGAGGAGAGGCAAAGGCUGAAUUCAGAACAGCAAAUUCCAUAACAGAGGUACGCUCUCAGUCAUAUACCCGCCGACAUAUUCCCCCAGGCCGCAUGCCACUUGCAGUUGAACCCAUGGCACAGUAUUUAGCGCGACAAGAUCUCGUCACUUCAGGACUAUACCAGUUUGACGAUAAACCUGAAAAUUACCGUGCAUGGUACUCCACAUUCACCAACGCUAUCCAUGGAGUCCAGCUCGGAGCAACCCAAGAGUUGGAUCUUAUGACGAAAUGGCUGGGAAAAGAAUUAUGCAAACAGGUGAGAUGCAUACGUUCAGUGUACAUCAACAACCCCAAGCUAGCCUUACGCAAAGCAUGGGAGAGACUUCGGGAGUGCUAUGUGGCCCCUGAAAUUAUUGAAAUGGCACUAUUUCAAUGUCUGGAAAAUUUUCCUAAGGUGUCAGCCAAGGACCACACUAAGUUAAGAGAGCUCAGAGAUUUACUCAUGGAGAUUCAAGGCGCCAAAGAAGAUGGCUAUUUAACUGGUCUAUCAUACCUAGAUACUUCGUAUGGGAUUAGACCAAUCGUGGACAAACUUCCAUUUGGGCUGCAGGAAAGGUGGGUGUCUGUUGGCUCAGAGUACAAGGAAGAAAAUGAUGGUUGAUUUCUUCCCUUUGAGUAUUUCACUAGGUUUGUGCGCAAGGAGGCAAAGAAGCGAAACGACCCUAGCUUCAUGAGUCCAGGUAGCAGUACAAUUUCCACCAAGCCAGUUAAAUCCACUUCGAAUAAUUUCAACAUCAAUAAACCUGUCUCAGUGCGUAAAACUGAAGUCUUUACAACUAACAAUGACCCUAGCAAGAAUUGUCCAUUGCACAACAAACCCCACCCCCUCAAAAAAUGCAGAACGUUUAGGAAAAAACCCCUUGAAGAGAGAAUGGCCCUUCUCAAGGAGAAAAAAAUGUUUUAAAUGCUGUUCCUCUACCUCUCACCUUUCUAGAGGGUGUACGAUCUCCGUGAAGUGCCCGGAAUGUAUUAGCACUAAUCACGAUGGGGCCAUGCAUCCCGGCCCGUUACCGCAAACCAACAAAGCUCCUUCACCCUCACAACAGGACGGCAGGGAGGGAGAGGCUCACUCCAGGACAACUGUUGUCAGCUCGAGCUGCACAGAAGUUUGCAGUCAAGCUCAGUCAAGCCGUUCCUGUUCAAAGAUCUGCCUCACUAAGGUGUACCCUAAGGGAGCCAAAGACAAGGCCAUCAAAGCCUAUGUUAUUCUGGAUGAUUAGAGCAAUCGCUCACUAGUCAGACCAGAGUUCUUUGACUUGUUCAACAUUGAGAGUGAGCAGUUCCCAUACUACCUUAGAAUUUGCUCAGGCAACAUGGAAACUUAUGGAAGGGAGGCAGAAGGCUUCCAGCUUGAGUCCCUGGAUGGUAAAGUUGUCAUCUGUCUCCCUCCACUCUUAGAGUGGAAAUUUUGAAUAACCACACUGAGAUCCCAACGCCAAGUGCAGUGCUACACCAGCCACAUCUCCACCACAUUGCCAAGCACAUCCCAGAACUGGAUCCAAAAGCAGAAAUACUCCUGCUAUUAGGAAGAGAUGUUCUCCAGGUGCACAAGGUUAGUCAGCAAGUCAAUGGACCACACAAUGCCCCCUUUGCCCAACGCCUGGAUCUGGACUGGGUGGUGAUAGGAGAGGUGUGCCUUGGCAAUGUACACAAACCGACAGAUAACACACUCAAGACUAAUGUGCUAGAGAGUGGCCGCCAUUCAAUUUUUCAACCCUGCACAAGUUUCAUGUGUAUCAAGGAAGCACGACAAGGCUUUAACAAAUAUAAGGUAACCGACAAGACACUGGGACAGUCAGUCUUAACUCAAACUGAGCAUGAUAACAAACUUGCUCCAUCAGCUCAAGACGUCAUUUUCUCAAAAAUAAUGGACACCAAGGUCUUCAGAGAUGAAGCAAAUAAUUGGGUCGCCCCACUACCUUUCAGAGAACCACGCCAGUGCUUGCCAAACAACAAAGAGCAGGCAGUCAAGCGGUUCACGUCCUUGCAAAAAACCCUGAAAAGGAAACCUGAGAUGCAGCAACAAUACAUAGCAUUUAUGAAGAAGAUCUUCACUAAUGGACAUGCUGAAGUAGCACCGCCACCGAGGGAAGGCGAGGAGUGCUGGUACCUCCCAACGUUUGGGGUUUACCACCCACAAAAGUCCAAUCAGAUCAGGAUGGUCUUUGACUCCAGUGCUCAGUGCGCUGGUAUCUCCCUUAAUGAUGUGCUCCUUACAGGCCCCGAUCUUAACAAUACCCUUCUCGGGGUCCUGAUGCGCUUCCAGAAGGAGAAGGUCGCAAUCUUAGCAGACAAGGAGAGCUCUUUCAGGAAAUUCAACCCGAUCCUGAAGAACGAUAUCAUUUGCAUUGGAGGCCGGUUAAUACACUCCCACUUUCCAGCUGCAGAAAAGAGCCCAGUAAUCCUGCCCAAAGACAGCCAUGUUUUCCUACUGCUCACUCGCCAUCACCAUGAACAGGUAAAGCAUCAGGGCCGUCACCUGACGGAAGGAGCAAUAAGGGCAAUGGGUCUGUGGAUCUUGGGAGUUGGAAGUUCAACGUAUGGCGGACCUCCCACCAGAACGCUUUGAAGCCUGCCCUCCUUUUACACAUGUGGGGCUCGAUGUAUUUGGUCCCUGGACUAUCACUACGAGAUGCACCAGAGGAGGACAAGCAGAGAGCAAGCAGUGGGCCAUCAUGUUCAGCUGCAUGAGUUCAAGAGCGGUACACAUUGAGGUAAUCGAAUCUUUGGAUACUUCCAGCUGCAUUAAUGCUCUCAGGCGCUUCUUUGCUCUAAGAGGCCCUACAAAACAGUUAAGGUCUGAUUGUAGCACAAACUUUAUUGGAGCGUACAAGGUGCUGGGGAUGGACAAGGUGCAAAGGUACCUCAGUCAACAGGGAUGCAACCGGGAUUUCAACACACCACACGCCUCUCACAUGGGAGGCGCAUGGGAGCGGAUGAUUGGUAUCGCCAGAAGAAUUCUUGAUUCAAUAUUUCUGCAGCAACGCACCGGACUGACCCAAGAGGUACUGUGCACACUAAUGGCAGAGGUCACAGCCAUUAUAAAUGUACGACCACUCCUACCUGUGUCUUCUGACCCAGAAAACCCCUUCAUACUCUCACCAUCAAUGCUCCUUAUGCAGAAGGCAGGAGCUCACCCUCCACCUGGGGACUUCUCUGAUAAGGAUUUGUACACAAAGCAAUGGAGACAGGUCCAGGCUCUGGCAAAUCGAUUCUGGUCUAAUUGGAGACAUGAAUAUCUACCUUUGUUGCAACACAGACAAAAGUGGACAGAACCUCACAGGAAUCUUCAAGUUGGAGAUUUAGUUCUUCUCAGGGACAAGCAAAUCGCCCGCAACUGCUGGCCAAUGGCCAGAAUCACUGCCACAUUCCCUAGUAGGGAUGGACAUGUAAGGAAGGUCAAGUUGAUAACCUCUGACCAAGGUGAUGUGAAAACUUACCAAAGGCCAGUUGCAGAAGUCAUUCUACUUCUACCUAAGGACUGGUUUAGAGACUGAAGUUUUGUAUUAUGUUCAUUGUGACCUUACGAAGGUCAGGCGGGGAGUGUGUUGUCUUUAAGGCAUUUGUUUAGUUUAUUAUAUUUUCGCUUUAGUAAUUCGUUUGUAAUCGUUUUCUAGUUAAAGUUAAGGUUGUUUAAAGUAAAUUCGUUGUCUGUGAUAUAUCGCGGCAUGCGAUGACGUCACACCUGGUUACGCCACGUCUUGUGGGAAAAUACCGGUUUGGAGAAAUGGGAAGGAGGGGGCUUAAGUGUGUACAGGAUCAGCGUGAGAAAAGUUUUCUUUCUCAGAAACAUCAGAGAAGCAACGCCGUAAGUUCAUAAGAUAAUCGAUAAUCAAUAUGUUGAAUUAAAGAUGUUAACGCUGAUUCUGUUAAAAGUAAUGACGGUUGAUAAGUUUAUGUUUUUUGUUAUUUAAAGAGUUACGGAUAGUUUGUGUUGAUGUAUUUAAAGCCAGUUGAUGGUGUAGGUAGAUUCUGACUGUAUGUUGCACUUUAAUGUAAUAUAGUUGUUGUAGUUUUACUUUUGCAAGUAUUUAUGAUGUAAAUGUGAUGAA